GUUGCAGCGCCUGCGAUAGCCUCUUUCCAUCACUCAUGAUACUAGAACAUCACAAAGAAGAAUUCGAACAUUGGAGCGACGAUGAAAUAAGCCGACGAAUUUGCUGUAGACGAAAUCGGGGGGAAGAUUAUUUUACUGAUACAGACUCGUUCACGAGUGAAGCUGAAAGUGAGGAUCUGGAGAGGCUGUUGUAAAAAGGGGGAACUAAACUAUUGUAAAAUGGAAAAACUGAAUAAGUGUGAGAGAAAAUAUCAGGAAGUAAUUAAUGUGCGUAUUAAAACCAGCUGCUGGCAUAUUUAUAUGUACACAUGUAUCUAUGUACAUAUAUAUAAAUGAACGAGACAAGUUAAAUCUACAGAAAAAGUUAAAACAUCAUAUCUAAUUACAUACAUACAUAAAUAGACAAGUGCAUAUGUAUAUGAAUGUAUGUAUAUAUUUCUGAAACAAUGCCAGCUGCUGGCCAAACAAAUCUUUAUAUACUCUAAGUAACUACAAUGGUAGAUAAAUACAUAUGUAGAAGUUCUUGUGUAUUCAUGUACUUAAGCAUGUAAAAGUCAGAGAAAUGCUAGGAGCAAAGCACAUGCUAAAUAUUUUUUUAUAUCCUCUCAGCAAACAAGAUACAGGAAGUGUACAGCCCCAGGAUAAAUAAAAAUACAAAUAGAGUAUACAUAU